CGUACGAAUCACGCGAGAAUGUUUCCAAAGAAACAUGCGUUUUCGUACUCGUAUCUGUUUGUCGGGGUUCCAGUCGGGCUGCAGGGAAGGGUUGGAGGAGGCAAUGUGUUGUCUGUCGACAGUACAAGGCCAGCGUGGUUCGAUGUACGGUCGGAGGACUUCCUGAGUCGAUCGACGGCGCAACAAGGUCUGGGAGAAAAGUUAAAGCGGUACUUGCACUCGCAAGGCGUGACGGAUCGGGAUUAUGCGUUCGCGUAUCUCGUCACAGCGCCGAGGUUUCUGCGGUACAGCUUCAACCCGGUGAGCUUCUGGUACCUGUAUGAUUCGGAUGCGAGGUUGAAGUACAUGGUGCUGGAGGUGAACAAUACCUUUGACGAGAGGAGAAUGUAUUUGCUCAAAUCGGAGGGUGUGAAGGCUGGAAAUGAAUCCGAAGGAAACGAUGCACCGAAGAUGGUGGUGUUCUCGGAUACGUGGAACAAGGACUUUCAUGUUUCGCCAUUCAACAGCCGAAAGGGGUCAUACUCGUUGAAGGCGAUCGAUCCAUUGGCGGCGUUCCAGGAGACAGGACAGGUCAAAAUUGACAACACAAUUGUGCUAAGAUCGUCGAAGGACGAGGCAAAGAUUGUGGCUCGUGUGUUCUCCGAAGGUAUACCAAAGGAACCCACCAAGAUCACUACCUUUGAACUGGUCAAAUUCAUUGCCGCUUGGUGGUGGGUUGGACUCGCAACGUUUCCACGCAUUGUAUGGGAAGCCCAGAAGCUCUUCUUCAAGCGCAAACUACACGUCUGGUAUCGACCAGAGACAGCUGCCUCCAGCAUCGGUCGGGCCUAUACCGCAGACGAAAGGGCUCUCGAAGACUUCUUCCGCACCUUCGUCACCCACGUUGUCGAGCAAUCCAACAAGCCGCUUCGAGUCAUCUACGAGCCCGCCCACAACGAGGGCAAAGAGUACGUCCUCUAUUCCCCAGGAUUCACCUACGAAGAAGCCCACACCCACACUGUGACCCUCAAAGUCCUCUCACCAGCUUUCUACUCCCGCUUCAUCCACUACGCUCACGCCCAAGAAGCGUUCGACAGAGAAUGUCUCGCUACCGACGAAAAGAACCGAACAUUGCUCAUGGAUGGCACACACGCCCUUCCGAUUCUUCUACAUUCCAUCUCAGCUGUCGACAGACACACGCGGCAACACCUCAAGCCCCUGUCUCACCUGGAUACUCUUCGAUGGAGUCUCCUCAAGCGCCUCCGCUGUCCACCCGCCGCAGCUAGCUAUCCCGCCACAGUGCCCUCGAGCUCAGAGGGCGACUACACGAUCCUCGACAUCCGCUCCUUCCCCCUGUCCGAACUAGAUCGCUACAUCCAACUUCACUCUCAUGCCAGCGAGGCCUACACACGCGUUGCAAUCAAGCUCUUCGCGGCGGAACGGCUAACAUUUGGGAUACCUGCCUUGUUGAAGGGUUUCGAUAUGUUGGUCAGA